AUGGCAGAUGUACCGCUGCGGGUAAUUUCAGCCAAUUCAGCCUCUGAGCGCCGCAUCACGCCGUCAUGGUCCAUCACGACGCUCAAGGCGAAACUCGAGCCCAUUACAGGCGUGCCCCCGUCUGCGCAGAGGCUCAGUCUCAAGGCUUCAGGAGGGUCGAAUACCAUCCAUGUUGAGGCGGCAGACGAGGACAACACCCGCUUGUCAAGCUUUCCCCUCGCGCCCUAUGCCGAGCUGCACGUGGGAGAUACCCGACCACCCGGAGCAAGGCCUAACUACACCGACACAUCUGGGGUCGACAAGUACGUGAUGCCUGAGGAGGAGUACGAGAAGAAAACGGACUCGGUGUUGGCAUGGAAAAAGACACAGAAACUUGGUCGUUUCGACCCAAACGCCCCCAGCCACGAGCAAGUCAGGCUGGAGGCUCUGGAACAGGAGGUGCGCCAACGUGGCAUCAAAGUCGGGAAGCGGUGCCGCAUCGGCGGUGAGGACACUAGGCGCGGCGUGGUAAAAUAUGUUGGAGAAGUGAAGCAGAUCCCGAACGGCAUAGGGCAAUGGGUGGGCGUCCAGUUAGAUGAACCAGUUGGCAAGAACGACGGCAGCAUUGACGGCUCUCGGUACUGGGGGGAACCAUCAACAAUGAAGCAUGGCGUCUUUGUGCGCCCAGAGCGAGUAGAGGUUGGAGACUUUCCUCCCGUGAAUGAUCUCGAGGAUUUGGAGGAAAUUUAG